AGACAUUGGGUGUUCAAAAAUUCGCAACUGAUUCUUUAUUACUGUCCUUAUGACUGUGUGUAUUCAAGUCAUAUCUAAAAUUAGGCAACUAAAAAUAAGUGUAGUCAUUGACUUGUUCCUUUUGUUGAUUGUAUCACUACACCAUUAUUCAUUCAAAUACUCCAAUCAAUUGUUGUCUGUUUUUCUCCUAAGGCCCUUGAAUUAUGGUCGACAGUUGUUAAACAAAUACUUGUUAGCACUAAGUAAUGCUUUGAACGCUUCAGUACGUCAUAAUUCAGCUCCUAUAAGUUAUCCACUUCUGAUUAUUUGUUCUUUGAGCUCAGGAUUUGCAAAUCGAAGAAGAUCCAAUCGAAUAGAAUCUAUUGUAAGUAAAGUAUAUAUACCUAUUUCAUAUACUUAAUUUCAGACUUGUGUAAUGUAUAUUAUAAGUUUGAAAAUAUUGUGUUUCUGACAGACAGACUUAGCAUAACUGGUUACCGAUCUCUCUUACCAUAACUAAGCAGGAGGUGAGAAUGAAAUCAGCAGUAAGAUGAAGUUAAGAAAAUAAAGGUUUGAGGUAUUUUAAUUAAGGUGAAGAUAAAAGUGUGAAUGUAUUUAAGUCAAUACUACUGAUUGUAAGUCAUUUCUUCUUGAAUUUCCAAUUAAUAGUCCUCAUUUAAGCAACAUACACUCUCCAUGCACGUUUUGUACUAACCAUAUUUAUUUUCUUCAGAAUUAAUCCUGCUUUUAUAAAAAUAAAAUAUUUGGGUGGAUAGUGUAUCAGCACAUGUAAACUAUGAAGCAAAAUCUUCAGACGAAGUAAUUUGAUUUUGAU